CUUACGACGUAUCAAUCAAGUCGUCGAACCAAAACACAAUAAAUAAUUUCAAAUUAUUAUGUGUAAAUUGUAAAUGAUUUAUUGACGAAAAAUCAGUCGAUAAUAGAAUAAUAUUAAAUGUAAUAACUGAAAUAACAAAAGUGUGUGUUAUAAAUGUCAUCCGAUUCAUAGAAGAUCAGGUAGAAGAGGUAGGGUGUACAUUUUGUAAUUAGUUCCCAUAUCAUACCGCAAUUAUUGAGACUGCAUACAGAGGUCGCGACUUGAAGUCGCCAAUUGUGACACAUUAAGAGUCGGACAGUGAAUUUUUAUUUAUAAGGAAAAAAUGAGUACACCGGAAAGCAAGCCAGUGCUGCAUAUAUUGGUAGUAGGGUUUCACCACAAACUUGGUUGCCAGGUUGAAUUUUCACAUCCACCAUUAAUACCCGGUUCAACGGGUAAGAAUGAGUGCCCAUCCGGUUGGAAAUAUUUACCUACAUUGGCAUUGCCUGAUGGCUCACAUAAUUUUGUUGAAGAUACUGUAUUUUUUAACUUGCCUAGCUUAAUGGAACCAACCGAAAGCGUUUAUGGAAUUUCAUGCUAUCGUCAAAUUCCAGUAGAGAAAUUGAAAAUACGCACUGCAGAUGUAACGCGCAGCACUGUACAAAAAUCAGUUUGUAUUUUGACGCGUUUGCCCAUUUAUGGAUAUAUCGAGGUAAAAUUGUCACUAAUUGCGGAUGCAUUUUUCGAUCAGGGCGAUUUUUCGUGUACCGACUUGUUGGUGAAAGCUUAUCAGCAAUUGAAUGCUUGCUUGCUGGAUGAUGAAUCGCGACGUCCGUUACGGCAUUUUCAUGUUGGAUUAUCAUUACGUGAAAUUGUUUUGCAUUGGAGGCACAAAACACUGAUAUUAUUUAAGCUUUUCCUUCUUCAAAGACGCAUUGUUUGUUUUGGUUCUCCAGUGCGUGGCAUGUGCGUUCUUAUACUGGGUAUCGCUUCUUUAAUACCACGUUUAUUAGAGAAAGGUUUUCAAGAAGUAGCGUGCGUACGUACAUCUCGUCCAUUAUCACCAAUGCCAGAUUAUACUGAUUCUAUUCAGAGAGAAGCUGCUGCUUUGCAUGAAACAGAAACCGAAGUUAUCGGAGAUUUGCCAUCUGAUGAUGGAAAUAAAAUAUCACCAGAUACAAAUAGUUGUGUAGAGGCAGUGGAUGAAUUUACUUGUACGUUAAUAUCUUCAGCAGCAUCAGCGGCGAGUCAAUCAGGCAGUGGUGAUACUACACCACAAUCAAAUUCAACAACCCAAUCAACAAAAGAGCUUAAUCGUUUGGACUCUACAGAAUAUACAGAUAUACAGGGCAAACGUAAUGAUCGCAGUAAUUCCUUGACUAGAGAGUCAAGUGUAGAUGCUUUAGUUUCUACACUUUCAACAUUGUCUGCUAUAAAUCCGGAUGAAUACCGUGCACCUAUCUCAAUAUUUGCUAGUGGAAAUCUUUGCUUGCCUUAUCUUUCGUUGCCAUAUAUGGAUCUUUUAUCAGAUCCAUCUGUUCUUAGCUAUGUAAUUGGUACUUCAAAUGUGCUCUUUAGACAAAAACGACAACUUGCUGAUGUGCUUAUUGAUAUUGAGAAUGGUAGCAUGGAUAUACAUGAUCAGGAUUUGAGGCGACAAAUUGUGUUAAAUACGGAGGACUUGCGAUUUAUGGAUUUUGUAUUAAAACACGUUCAUGCACCUAAAGAAGAUGCUGAAGGAAGCGAAAACUGGAUACGUGAACAAUUUCAGGGAUAUAUAUUGGCAUUAUUGCGCACAGCUGUUGCCAGUGAUGCAACGCCUAAGGAUAAUGACAAUUUCAAUGCACAUUUCAUGCAUGCUUUUAAGAGGACACAAUGUUUUCAAGAGUGGUAUGAUGUACGACCUGAACCAGAAUUUUUUGAAAAUCUGCCAGCCGGUCAUCCAUUUGCGGGUACAUUAUCGGUGGCCGAUAUGAAAUUAAAAAUUGCACAAACUAUGCAGAACAGCGAAAGUGGUCGCAAAAUUAAUCAAGCCGUCAAUACUACAAGCCGUGCUGUAGGCGGCGCCAUUUCACAGGCCAAAGGCGCAUUCUCAAACUGGUGGUCCUCUAUAACAACUGCUCCAGCGCAGAGCACAUCUCCAAUAAAUAAUGAUAAUGCAACAAUUAGUGCUACAAGUCAACAAACACAAGAAAUCUCAGUUACAUUCCAAAAUAGUAAGAACGACAAUGAGGAAGAAAUAGAGGUGGCUGUCAAUAUACAUUUGGACGAAACAAAAUUAUGCUCAACUAAUGGCAAUUGCAGUUCCUCUACUGCGGGUAGUGAGAAACUAAUAGAUAGUGCAGAGGAAUUAGAAGAGGAUGAAAAUAUAAUAAGAACAGAAGAAAAUAAGCCACCAUCUGAAGCUGAAGAAGCAGCCUUACAGACACAGACUCAGCAGCAGGGCAUCGUUGAGAUUGGAAAGGAAGCUGAAAUGCUUGACAAACGCACACUUACAACGGCUCAAGUAAUACCAAGAUGCGAUGCCAAUGCAUCUCAUGAGGAGCCACAACGUAGCAAUGGCGAAAUAUUUAUUGUGUAAACCACAAAUGAUAUCAAUUCUUGAUAUAAGGCUUGAUAUAUUGAAAUUGCUAUACAUUUGGAGUGCAUAAAUUACAAAAACAAAUUUUACAAUUAAGUUUACAUAUACAUACUACAUAAUUCUAUUUAUU